CUGUUGGACAUUGAUAUCUCAAGUAAGUUUAUCAAAACUUUUGGCAAAAUUAUCAAUUUCAUAAAUGUUGAUUUUUACAAAAAAUUGCCUGUUAAUAUGUUUCCAGAAAUUUACUCAAUACAAAUUCUUCAAAAAGGCUCACCCAUCUUAAAAAAACUAAAAAGCGUUUUCUUAAAAGUCUCGACGUUCCGGGAAUUCCCGGGAUUCAGUUUUGUUCAAAACUAUAAACCGACUUUAUAA